AUGUUCUAUGUCACUGGUAAAAGAGGGCACAGGAGAGGCUUGAGUCUGCUGGAGGAGCCAUUGCCAUUCCCUGGCGGGAAGGGCAGACAUGAUCAGGAGGAGGCACCGAAGGAGUUGCUGGAUCAGCUUUCUACCAGUACUGUCAGUGCUGUCACUUUUGACGAGCAUGGCUGUAUCACUGCCUGCACUUCGACUGGCAGCUGGACAAAUAAGCUGAAAGGGGGUGUCAGCAAAGCACCGCACAAGGGUGCGGGCUUCUGGGCAGAAAAGUGGCACAUCGAGGGCUGGAUCAGGAAGGCUUGGAGGAAGGCUACAGGUUAA